AUGCUUGAAAGGGCCAAUCCUGCUGUUCCAAAGCUGCAGGAUCUCCUUGACACAGAGAAGCAACAGGAUAACAGGAGGACUCCUGAUGGGAGCCCAUCAGCAUGCCCUGGAACAGCAGCGUUCUGUGAUGAGCGCCACUGCUCUGCGUUCUCCUUGCAGAUGCUUAUGUAGGUGACUGCGGUGUGCCUCUCUGUAAGCAGCAACAUCGUGACCUUGCUGCUGAUCGGGCACUACCGGGACGUGUGGACCACCACCAACCUGUAUCUGGGCAGCAUGGCGUUAAUGGGGCUCCCGUUCGACCUGUCCCGCCUGUGGCGCUCGAGGUCGUGGGUGUUCGGGCCGCUCCUCUGCUGCCUGUCUCUCUACUUGGGAGAGGGCUGCUUCUAUGCCACGCUGCUGCAUAAGACCUCACUCAUCUACCUGGCAAUCUGGUGCCCGCUGUGAACGCCAGGCUUUGUCAUCCAGCGCUCUGUCCGCGCACUCGUUGCCUCGGUUGUGGCGCUAUUCUUAACUGCCUCCCCCUUUUUUUUUUUUUUUUUUUUUUUUCUGAUGGGCGUCCAGUUAUAUGUCCUCUCUUGGCCUCCCUGCCGACCUGGACUUAAAGCACACUUGGCAAGUCACCCCUCACUCCGGGUCCCACAGCUUCCACUUAAGUACUCGAGGACACCAGCGCUGUUCCUGCCAUCUGGAACCCAGGGAAGUCGCGAGUGCUGUCCGAGCCCCACUCAGCUAGAGGCGCUGUGGGUCACCACCGCCUACUUCUUCCUGCCUUUCCUGUGCCUCAGUGUCCUCUAUUGGCUCACCGGGCGCGAGCCGUGGAAGAGCCGGGUUCCCAGGACCAAGGCGCAGAAGGAAAGGGGUCUCAGGCAGACAGUCCAGGUCCUAAAUUUGUUUCGCAGUACCGUGGGGGCAACAGCGAAGAUUUUCCAAAGUCACCGCAAUCCAGGACAGAUAACUGGGGGCUCUCCCGUCUCUGUUGGAUCCCUGCACCACCACUGCCUGCCCCACUGCAGCCCAAGGCAGAUGCUGAGAAAGGCUGCCCGCAGCAUCUUCUUCCUCCGUUCAUCACCGAAUCAGAUCACCAACCCCAAGGAUGCCAAUGAAACCUCCUGUAUGAAGCACAGCCCGGGAGAACUGACAAGAGAUCUUCGGAAUUCUCAUACUAGAAGGACGCCCCUGCACCAUCUAGAAAAGGCCACUGUGGGGAACCUUCUGGAUGAUUGUAGAAUAGCAGAGAUAUAG